AUGGCGGUUGCAGAAGCCAUAGCAAUCGAGGCUGCGAAAGCCAUGAUACAGUUAAUGGCUGCUCGGCCAUUAGAGGAGCAACGACUCGCUUGGGGUUUCAAGGAUCACCUACGAAAACUCAACACGAAAUUAAAUUACAUCAAAGCAUUCUUGAAUGACAUGGGAAGUGCCAAGAAAGAAAUUGAAGUCCAACUUGUAAAUUGUUGGCUACAAAAUAUCAAAGAUGUCGUCUAUUUUGCGCAAGAUAUCAUGGAUGAGUACGCCUAUGAAAUCCUCCGUAGGAAACUCGAGCUAAAUAGUAAUGCAUCGAGAAAACGUUUACGUCUCCACAAUGUGAUGUUUAAGCGAUCGAAUAGAAUCAAGUUCCGUUAUCGGAUGACUCGUAAGGUGACCGAGAUCCUUGCCAAGUUUGAUGAGCUCGAAAACGAUGCAAAAAAUUAUGGGCUUAAGGCCGUGAAGUUGGCAACAGAUGCACGUACAUCUACUUAUAAUGAUGAUAAUAUGAAUGAAUAUUAUUGUAUGUUGAAGCAAGCUCGACAAAAUGCGGGUGUUGAAGAUGCAUCUGAGUUUGUUGGAAGGAAGAUUGAUGAGGAGAAGUUACUGCAAAUGAUAUGUUCUUCACCUGAAAAAGUAAUUCUUGCUUGUCUUGGCAAGACUACUUUAGCUAGGCGUUUAUAUAACAAUGAGCAAGUUAUUCGGCAUUUUGCAAAGCGAAUUUGGGUAUCUAUGUCAGAAGAUUUUGAUGCUAAAAGAGUUUUGAAGGAGAUGGUUGAAUGUCCAUCAAAAAAAACUUACUUAACUAGCACUCAUGCAAUUAUUAAUCAGCUUCAAGAAGAGAUCAAGUCAAGUAAAUUCUUGCUCGUCUUAGAUGAUGUAUGGAACAAAAAUGAUGAUAUGUGGAGUUCUCUACACCGUUUGCUGCAGAGAAUAGGGAAUUCUGCACAUAGUGUGAUUUUAAUUACUACUCGUAGCAACGAGGUUGCUAUGGAAGCCAAAGCUCAUACACACUUGAUGUCAGGAUUAUCAGAUGAGGAAAGUUGGGCUCUUUUCAAGCAGCAGUUUAGAGCUAGGGAGACAUUGCUUAAUGUUCCGUGUUUUGAAGAAGUUGGGAGGACGAUUGUUGAGAAGUGUAAGGGUGUUCCGUUGGCAAUAAAAAUGAUGGGAAGAUCACUGGAAUCAAAAAGGUAUUUGUAUGAGUGGGAAAAAAUAGAAAAAAGUGAGCUAUGGCAUGUAGAAUAUGCUACAAAAAAUAGAAAAGGAAGCCAUAUCCUACCAUCACUAAUGUUGAGCUUUCACCAUUUACCUUCUUUGUCAUUGAAGCAGUGUUUUGCUUAUUGUGCAAUUUUCCGUAAAGAUUUCCCUAUGGAAAAAGGUGAUUUGAUUGCUCUUUGGAUGGCGCAAGGCUUCCUUCACAAACACGAAACAAGCUUAACAAUGGAGGAGAUUGGUGAGGAGUUUUUAGAAAUACUGUCAAAGAAUUUGUUCUUGGAAGGAAAAGAAAGUGAGAAAACAGGACGGAUGAUAUCUUAUAAGAUGCAUGAUUUGGUGCAUGAUCUAGCAGUGUAUGUAUUGCGUAAGGACUUGUUGGUAUGGAGUAAAGAAGCAAAACCAAAUAGUGACAUUGAGUGUAGACAUUUAGUAGGGAAUUUGUUUACAGUAAGAUACCUGAGAACUCUUAUAACUGACGGGAUUGACCUUCGAAUUGUGCCGGCUUCCAUUGGGAAGUUAAAACUUCUCAAGUAUCUAGACUUAUCAAACAAUCCGUUCAAAAAGUUACCAGAGUCUAUCACUAAGCUCUACCAAUUACAAACUCUGAAACUUACAGGCUGCAAAGAACUGACAGAGCUACCAAAUGAAUUGCAUAAGUUGGUAAACUUAAGACACAUUAUGACAACAGAUCAUAGCGUGUUUGCAUCUGAAGGAUUACGACAAUUAACAUGCCUGCAGACCUUACCUGAUCUUGCAUUGCGUGAUGGAGAAGGAUGGAACAUUGAUGAAUUAGGCUCUUUACAUGAAGCUAGAGACGGGCUCUCUAUCUCAGGUCUUGAACAUGUGAAGAGUGAAGCUGAAGCAAGGAAAGUUGAGCUCAGAAAAAAGGUCAAGCUUUUGCGAUUGCACCUAGUUUGGUCUGGUAAUAGAGUAGACAGCAACACUGAUACUGAUGAGGAAGUUCUGACUGGCCUUGAACCUCACCUUGGUAUAAUAGCACUGGCUAUAGUUGGCUUCAAUGCCGAAAAGUUUCCAUCAUGGAUGAUGAGGAUGGCUGUUAAAUCCGGGGCACCAAGAAGUAAGAUACUACCUCUUAGCAAUCUCAAAGAAAUAAAACUCGUGGAUUGCAGAAGAUGUCGAUUUCUUCCCACACUCGGUCAGUUGCCAUUUCUUAAGUAUCUAUACCUAGAUAAAUUAGCUGUAGAACGCAUAGACGAUCACUUCUAUGUUAGUGAUCAGGAUCUUCACAAGCAAAUAGAAAAACUAUUUCCAGCUUUGCGAGAGCUUCAGAUCUGGAACUUUGACAGUCUGACAGAAUGGAUGCAGCCAUCGCCAACACUUGGGGCAAUCACCUUUCCUUGCCUGGAAAUUUUAGAGGUUAUGAACUGCCCUCUUCUGGAAACAAUACCGGCCCUGAAAUUUGAAUCACUGAAACGAUUAAGAAUUCAAGAAUUUCCUGGUACUCAAUCCUUGGACAGUGUCAUCAGUUAUAGCAGCAGUCUCACAUCAUUAGAAGUUUGCGAGAUACUAAAAAUGAAGAGAUUGCCUCAGGAGGUAUCAAGCUUUACAAACCUACAGAAAUUGAAUGUAUGGGGCUGUCAAGAACUUGAGUCUUUGCCCAAUGGACUGCCAGCAUCUCUCAAGACCUUGGACAUAAGACAAUGUCCUGCCCUAGCUUCACUUCCUGAUGAUCUUUUUCGGAACCUAUUAUCUUUGUGUAAGCUGAGUAUAUUCAGAUGCAGCAGGUUAAAAAGGAUUUCAACUAGUUUGCAGGAAUGUGCAUCUUUAAAGGAACUGAACAUAAAGCAAUGUCCAUCAAUAGAAGGUUCACAAACAGAUUUAAGCAAGUUGAUUGGUCUCGAAGAGUUGUGGGUUAAUGAAGCAGGAGAGUACAACUUCCAUACUACAAGUACUGCAACAUUUUACAUCUCUAAUGGAGUUGAGUAUUGGUGGAUUUAA